UACACCUGGGCGAUUGCAGUGUCCUGUACGUCUGGUCAGGAACUUAAUGCAGAGGUCAGUGGACUCCACCUCUCCAUGGGUGCCUUUGCGACUAUUCAUACUUAUUAAAGAUUUUCACCGAAGACUCUCACACUUAGUGAGCACUUCUGUUUCUGCACAAGAUGUGCACAUUGAAGGACCUUUUGAAGGGGUUACCUCUGGACCCCCUGCCUCCUAACACAGGGCGAGACCCCAAUAUUCCCCACGCUCCAGUCCGCACUCCAAACUUAUCUGCCCAGGAGGAGAAGCUGGCCCUCAGAAAUGCCCUGCGGUACUUCCCCCCUCAUCUCCAUGCCACCCUGGCUCCAGAAUUUGCUGAGGAGCUGCGGCAGUAUGGGCAUAUCUACAUGUACCGCUUCUGCCCCCCCAUCAGAAUGAGGGCGUAUCCCAUUGACCAGUACCCCUGUCGCACCCGGCAGUCUGCUGCCAUCAUCCACAUGAUCAUGAACAAUCUGGACCCCGCUGUCGCACAGUUUCCUCAGGAACUUGUUACCUAUGGGGGAAAUGGGCAAGUGUUCAGUAACUGGGCUCAGUUCUGGUUGGUGCUGCGCUACCUGAGCGAGAUGUCGGAGGAGCAAACCCUAGUGCUGUACAGCGGACACCCCCAGGGCCUCUUCCCCAGUUCCCCCUCCGCCCCCCGGGCCGUCAUCACUAACGGCAUGGUCAUCCCCAACUACUCUUCCAGGGAAGAAUAUGAAAAGAUGUUUGCAUUGGGGGUUACAAUGUAUGGGCAGAUGACAGCAGGAAGCUACUGCUACAUUGGCCCUCAGGGAAUAGUGCACGGCACUAUGCUCACAGUUCUGAAUGCCGGCCGGCGGUACCUCGGCUCUGGGGACCUGAGAGGCAGAGUGUUUGUGACAUCGGGCCUGGGAGGCAUGAGUGGGGCGCAGGCCAAGGCAGCGGUCAUCGCUGGCUGUGUGGGGGUCAUCGCUGAGGUGGAUGAAGCCCCCUUGAAGAAAAGAUAUGAGCAGGGCUGGCUGAUGGAGGUUACGAGAAACUUGGACCACUGCAUCAGUCGCAUCAGGGAGGCCAAGAGGUCCAAGAUUCCUCUCAGUUUGGGUUACCAUGGCAACGUCGUUGAUUUGUGGGAGAGGCUAGUCAAAGAAUAUGAGGCUACUGGGGAGCUGCUGGUAGAUCUGGGAUCAGACCAGACCUCCCUCCACAACCCCUUCAGUGGAGGCUACUAUCCAGUACAGCUCAGUCUGCACCAAGCUCAUCAGCUUAUGUCCACAGAACCAGCACAGUUUCAGAUCCUGGUCCAAAGGAGCCUCUGUAGGCAGGUUAAAGCCAUCAACACGCUGUCGGAGGCUGGCAUGUUCUUCUGGGACUACGGUAACGCCUUCCUCUUGGAGGCUAAAAGAGCAGGAGCUGAUGUGAGUAAGAGUGGGGGUGGGAAAACAGAGUUCAGAUACCCCUCCUACGUGCAGCACAUCAUGGGAGAUAUUUUCUCGCUGGGUUUUGGCCCCUUCCGCUGGGUGUGCACUUCGGGGGACCCUCAUGACCUGGCGGUGACGGAUGAAAUCGCCACUGCCGUGCUGGAGAAGCUCAGCCUUUCAGUUUCAGAGCGUGUGAGACAGCAGUACAAAGACAACAUCCUCUGGAUCCAGCAGGCAGGGAAACAUAACAUGGUAGUGGGAUCCCAAGCAAGAAUCCUGUAUUCCGACCAAAAGGGGCGAGUAUCCAUCGCCUUAGCCAUCAACAGUGCCAUUGCAAAAGGGAAAGUCUCGGCUCCUGUGGUCAUCAGCAGGGAUCACCAUGAUGUCAGUGGUACAGACAGUCCCUUCAGAGAGACUUCCAACAUUUAUGAUGGAUCAGCCUUCUGUGCUGACAUGGCUGUGCAGAACUUUGUGGGCGGUUCUUUCCGUGGGGCCACCUGGAUAGCUCUGCAUAACGGCGGAGGUGUGGGCUGGGGCGAGGUGAUUAACGGGGGCUUCGGGUUGGUCCUAGAUGGGUCAGAAGAAGCUGGCCAACGUGCUCGGAUGAUGCUCAACUGGGACGUCUCCAACGGGGUAGCGAGACGCUGCUGGUCUGGGAACAGUAAUGCUUACGACACCAUCCAGCGCACCAUGGAGGAGCACAGCCAGCUGCAGGUCACCCUGCCUUUCCCUGUGGAAGACGAGCAGUUGCUUGAGCGAGCUUUUCAGGGUUGAAAUAUACCAAGAUGGAGGAAUGCAGUGCUGGCUCAGUGCCAACAGAUCACACACACCACCUUGAUUAUAUAAUCAAUAUUUCUUCCUAAAUUAUUAUUAUUUUGCACUUUUGGGAAAAUAACAUUUACAACUGUUAAAAAACGAUAGUUAGAAAGCUUUAAAAAUUCGUUGAUUGCAGCUAAAUCCUUACAUGUGCUAUAAUAUAUCUAUUUACCUGGGAUAAUCAUGAAAGUCAUCACUGGGCAGAAGGAAAAACAUCCAGCAGGGCAUCAUAAUGGCCAGGAGAGGAAGUGAUGAUGCAGUGGAGGUGCAGUGGAGGUGCACUGUGUGCUGAUUAACAAGAUACAUGAAGUGCACAUGUUAUUUAGGGUCUCAGAUUUGGGUUAGUGCUUGAAAAUUUCCUCAAAUUCUGUUAAAAUGCCAUGUGUGAAAUUAAAGGGGUGGUUUUGCCAUGUGUGAAAUUAAAGGGGUGGUUUUGCCAUGUGUGAAAUUAAAGGGUUGUUCUGAUGUUAUAAAUUGAUGUUUAGUGAUGUU